AUGCGAUCGAAAGAGAAUGUUAAGUUUCCACCUAUUGUUAAUAGUAAUGAUAAAGUGGGAGGAAAACCUGACGAAACAGAACGCUCUUCAGAAAGUGAGAGCAAUUCAAGCUCUACAUCAAGUAAAAGAUUCAAAUCAUUUAAACAACUCGUGAAUAUUGUUGGAAAAAACUCAAAAUGGACAAAAGAGGCGAAUGAAGAAGUGCAAGAAGAUCAAUCGAAGAAAAUUGCAACAGGAGAAAAACGUUUAACGUUUAAUGCCAGUGGUAAGUAUUCCUUAUUACAGUUGUUUUCCUGGAAAUGGGAACUUGUCUCUGUGACCAUCAAAAGCAUUGAAAUGUCGAUUAUAUUAUCGGAUCAUCAUUUACUCCAUUCGUAACUAACUUGAACUUUACAUGGUCAAGGACCAUUUAAAAGGCAACACGAUCUAGCCGAUGUUUUGAACUAAACCAAUCAAUGAGUCUUUCGAGCAUUUAAUGUUUUACGUGUUUGUUUCUUCUCCAUAGCGGUUGAUGAUAAUUUGUGAAUACCGCACGAAACGUUUCUACUAGCCUGCGUUUCUACCAAAUAUUCUUGGGUUUCAAUAACGUGAUGUUUUAGCUUAAUUUGACACAAGUGAGGGUAAUAUGGCUGUCAACGCAUCUUAUGUAAAUGCGUUUUCCGAAAAACCGUCCUUUAGCCUUUUAGGCUUUACCCUUGACACAUGCAGACCGUGAGCCCCAAGUAGCGUCAUAUGAAACCCAAGAAAAUAUGUAUAGUAUAGUAUAUAGUGUCCGCCGAGUCAUUGGGCAUAUUUGUAACGUUUUUCUGGUAUAGUUUUGAUGCACACCAAGAAGACUUCUUGUAAUAUAAUGAACUUGAACGGUAAACUUGAAAGAAUAUAACAAGAACUUCGAAGUUUCGAGCGACAGGCCUUCUUGUUAUAUAUUUCAGGUAGUUUGAAACUGUAAUCCUACUCAAGUUUAUUCGCCAUUAUUUCAGCUUUUAGAGCUGAUGUACGUUCAGUUGGUUCCCUAUCGUCAGAAGUGAAGAAAGCCUUGGUGAAAUCGUCUUGGGGCAGAACACCAAAAGAUUUGGCUUUAGUUCAGAAUUUGGUUAUGAGGAUUAAAGCUUUCGAUACAUAUUCCUUGGCUUUAAAGGCGGAACUUUCUCGAGUGCUCUUGUAUCAGAAAUUUGGGAAAGGGCGAAUUGUGAUACAGCAAGGUAUAUUAUAAAUUGUACUUUUAUAAUAUGGAAUUGGCCAUAUUAUGCAAGCAAACAUAAGCAAACAUAACUUUGGCGCGAGCCCUCGUGAUUUCUAUCGUAUAGUACUAAGGUAUGUUAGAGGGUCCCCUGGAAUUGCAAACUCUUGUAUUCUGGGAGAUUCGGUAAAAGUUAUAUCUUUGCAUAUAUUUUUCUAUUUCUGGGUCACCAUUGGCUGGGAACCCGAAGCAAAUUGCCCCUUUUGCUUCCAGUGACGUAGCCGAGGGAUGGUGUAUGACGUUAUCAAGAAAGGCCAAAUUUUCAAUCCGGAAAUGCAAUCCGGAGACGCAAUCAAAUUAUAGCUAAAUAAAGGAUCCUUAAUUAAUUAAAGGGAAAUGGCAAUAUAAAUUCUUAUUUUCUCAUUUGAAAUAACGUUUGAAACUAUAUAUUAACUUCUUUUACCGAUUUCUCAUAUCUUGCUUAGUUCUUGAAGUUCACUUGAAGUAAUGAGAUGUCCGCCAUCUUGGAUAAAUUUUUAAUCUCAUAGACAAUCCAGAAGACAUUUCGUCCCUGUCUUCUGGAUUGUCUAUGAUCUGAGUAACGGUAGUUUUGGUGACGUCAUAACAGGGAUUAACCAUAUAAAAGUAUUCGUUGCUGACCAAAUAUUGAUUGGUAGAUGUUUUAAAGGUUUUGAUGAUCUUGAUAUAAGGGCAGACACAGUAUAGUUUUGAGUGCAAAAUGAUUAGUGGUUGUUUAGGUAAAAAUAUUGCGUGACCCCUGUUGUGACGUGACAUGCAUAUCUACAAAACUUGAAGAUGGCGGACAUUUCAUUUCUUUUGAUCAAAAUAUUUGUAGAAGUAAGCAAGAUAUAAAAAACGGUAAAAGAGUAUUUUAUAUAGUCUUACUAAAAGUUCUUUCAAAUGAGAGAAUAAAAAUAUAUUUCCAUUUCCCUUUAAGAACUUUUUGGAAAAGCAAUAGUAAAGCCAAGGAAACGGAUCUCAAACAAAGCAUAAAUUGUAAAAGGAAUUAAUAAAAGGACAAAGCAUAAUUGUAAAAGGAAUAAAAGGGGCUAAGCCGUAGUCGUCAGAGCAAGCGCCUUUCAUCUCUGAGAUCGUGGCUUCGAUUCUCGCUACGGAAUCAUGCGAGAAGAGUCUGUAAACGGUCUGCCGAAAGUCGUAGAUUUUCUCCUGGCGCGUGAGUUUCUUCCCACAGGGAAAGUUGGCAGGGUGGGUUAGGAUGAAUAUAGUUAGGAAAGUAAUAUCAUAGUCGUCUGGUUGGACGGACGUCAUAUAUUGUGCCCACAUCACCCCUCCCCCCCCCCCCAACAAGCUUUUGAAGGUAAUCCUGAAGGAGAGUGGUGGGAGGACUCGUACCCACCCCGUCCCCCCUCGUGGCUACGCCUCUGUUUGCUCGCCACUCCCCCUCUGGGCGCCCAUGCCUACGGGCUACGGAAAUUAACUUGAUUCUUAUAGUCUACGUUCCCAAAAUCACCCACGACACCGAACAAGAUACUGAGAACACUUUCAAAUACUUCAUGUCAAUUAAAAUACAGAAACAAAUUUUGUCAUAAAAAGAUUCUCUAAUGCUCUAUGGUUUCUGUACUCUAGGUACGUAUACUGCUGUUUUUUAGGUCAUUUGGGUGUUUCAUUUUAUUUCAUUGUGUCUGGCACAGUGAUAGUACAAAGAGAAGAGAAAGAUGAUAGAACUCGCGAAAAACAUAUCCAGGUAUAAUUAUCAGCAUUAUGUAUAAACGACAAGGAUUAUAGUGAUUUGAAAAAAAAGACAAGCGGUAGACGACUUCUGUAAACAUAGUUUUACUUUAUAAUUUAAACUAUUGUUAAAUUUCAAUGUGAUAGAUCCUAAAGCACACGUAAGUGUGCGCCCUAUCAGGAAAUAAUUUUAUUUAUCAAUCGAAAACAACUUUUUUUUCUUUUGUCAUAUUUUCAUGCAGUGUUUGGGAGAAAUGUCUGAGGGAGAUGCAUUUGGAGAACUUGCGCUAUUCCAAAACAGCACUCGCACAGCAACAAUCGUGUGUAAAACCGCUUGUGAGUUUCUAAAAAUUGACAAGGAAGACUUUAAUCAGGUAAAGUUCUUUCACCUUACUUUUGAUAAGAUUUUAUAG